AUGCUGUCACAGAUGCCAAAUGCUGUUACAGAUGCCGAUUGCUGUAAAAGAUGCAAAAUGCUGUUUCAGAUGCCAAAUGCCUAUACAGAUGCCAAAUGCCUAUACAGAUGCCAAAUGCUGUUACAGAUGCAAAAUGAAGUUACAGAUGCUGAACUCCAACCACAGAGCAUCAGCUGCAAAUUAGAUGGAGACUAUAACAAUACGCCAACACUUCUGAAGAAAAACACAUGCCAGGGGUUUAACUACCAUGCCGAUUCCUCCAGAUGUGAGAUGUAUACAAUAGUGGGUUGCAAGAUCUUUGAUAAUUUAACAGGAUGGAGAUAUGGUUGCAUUGAAACAGAUCAGCAAAGAAAUACAACAAUCAGGAACAUCAAUAUAGCACUUAAUAAACCUACAUAUCAGUCUAGCACCUAUGAUGGGAUUGCUUUUAAUGAGCCUGCUGGGUUGGCAGAAAAGGCUGUAGAUGGUAUCAGAAACACUCUAUAUGGAGAUGGUUCAUGUUCGCAUACAACUCCUGAACCAAAGACAUGGUGGAUCGUUGACCUAAGAGAGUCAUAUCGCAUUAACCAAAUUAUUAUUUGGAACCGACUAAAUUAUGAGUUCAGACUCCAUGACUUUUCCAUUGACACAGCCUGUCUGUUUGAUGGAGUGAACCCAGACAACACAAACUGGUGCAGACAGCAUCUGCAGGUCGGGACAUUGAAUGACAACCCUACAGCCAUUGCACUUCCACCAUCCGCAGUUGGUAGAUUCGUAAAGAUACAAAUGGAUGAACAAGGUGUCUUAGUUUUAUGUGAAUUUGAGGUCUACGUAGAGUAUGCUGCUACAUGUGUUUAGAUCCCUGGACUAUUCAUAGAGAAAAGAUUUAUCUCUUAAUAAAGCAAGGAUGGUCAUAUCAGAUAAAUAAAUAACUGGCUAUUAGAGCUAAACAAUAUACAGAGUAUG